GGACGGCUCGUGCACAAGUGGAUGUUGUGUGUAGCGUUUGGAAUUGGCGAGGAUCUCGGCGGCGUGCUGACGUGUGGCUGCCCGACCAACGACGCAAGCGCCCGAUCGUGCUGGCGACUUUACUCGGGCGAUGCUGGAUCAGUCGGUUGUAGAAUCCCCGUGGAGACGACGGGCGCCACCCAUCCGUCGUGUAUGCACGCACGAGAGGGGCAGCGCCAUCAAGCAGUUUGCCACCAGUAGCGCCAGUACCGCAUGGCGGGCGGUCGGUUGCCUUCCGCCGAUGCCUCUCUUCCUCUGAACGCAAGACGUUCCCCCUCGACCGCUCCAGCUCUGUCGCAGGCGUGACCUGCGCAGUUGCAAGGGUACCCGAGAUUCGAAAAACCGUCUGACGCGAUCGAUCGCAUGGCGACUUGACGCAGCCACGCCGUGCGCGCUCGCCACAUCGUCGACGCGACCGACCCAUUCUGACGUAAACACGGCGUUCCGGUCAGUUUCCGAUUUCCAUGGCUCCGCCGACCAAGAAGCACCGGACAAAGGUCGUCCCGCACUCGGAGUUUGUGUGCCAAUACACGUCCAAGCGGUGCGACCGCGCCAGGUCGGCCAAGAAGAACGGACAGCUCCAUCGACUAUGCGAGUACCACCGCAGCAAAGCCAAUCGAUUCCAGAAAGCGUACAAGCUCCGCGUGACCAAGUCGGCGGCGCUCGCGUCGCAUGACUCCAUCGUGCCACCCACCACGCCGCCGUUCGAUGUGGUGGAUCCCAUCCCGUUCGCCACGGACGCCACAUCCCUCUCCGCCUGGAACGCAGAAGACUUUGCCAUGCUCUGCGACGCCAUCAUCACGUCGGUCUAGCUCGUCCCCUUUCCUCUAUUUAACUGCGUUAAUUGCACCGACUUGAUUCCAUC